GACGAAGCAACAUCACUUGAAAGAUUUAUUUAAUUUACUUAGGUAUUUAACUAAUCAAGACACUUAAAAUAAACAUGUGAGUUUACUUAACUAGUUUAACAGCAGCUUAUAUUGCUGAAGUUGAAUGGAAAGUUAAUUUAUAAAAUGAAAUCAUGUUAAAAGAGAAUUUAACCUGGAAGCACAUGGUGAACUCAAAAAGAGAUGUAAUUACCCAGCCAGCAAGGAGCCACAACAUUAUCUUGCUGAACAAUAACUCAAACCAGAUGCUGUCACAUGAUAAAGUUACAGAAAGAUUCAAAAAUCUGAACUCGUUGUUCAUAGGAGAUGUCAGAUCUUUAUGUCGAACUUCAUCUCGAAGGAGUUGUAAAACGUUUCGUUCUUAUUUCUUAUGUCAAUUCAACAUAAAUAAGAUCAAACUCGACGACAUGAAAACAAUCAUAAAGGAGAAUCAUUUAGAGCUGGAGAAUUCUCUCAUGAGUAUUUAUCACAAUAUUCUGUCCACUUCGCCCUUUUCAACAGAAAUGUGUGGAAUAAAACCAACAGGGGAAAUAUUAAAUCUUAGCAGAAAGAUUAAAUGA